CUUAGCAACGUCGUUUUUCUUGCUCCUAUAAUCUUUAUACUAUACAACAUCAACAUGUCUCGUGUCGUCCUCAUCACAGGUGCUUCAGCUGGAAUCGGCCGUGCCUCCGCUGUUGCUCUUUCCGAAGCUUUCCCUUCUCCUACUCAUCCUGAAAAACUUGUUCUCUGUCUCGCUGGACGUCGUGAGGCUGAACUCAAAGCUACUGCCGAGCAAUGUAAAGAAGGAACCACUAUUGAGGUUUGUGUGGGAAGUACAGCCAGUGAAGAGGAUGUGAAGGGAUGGUUUAAGACUAUCAAGGAGAAGUAUGGACGAUUGGAUGUUCUCUUCAAUAACGCAGGCGUUGACCUUCUUCCCGGUGUACCGUUCAUCGAAGCUGAUCUCACCAAAUUCCGUGACACCCUGGAGACCAACAUCAUGGGAGGUGUCAUCUGCACACAACAAGCUUUCUUGUUGAUGAAGGAUCAAUCUCCUCAAGGAGGGAGAAUCAUUAAUAAUGGUUCAAUUUCCGCUUCGACCCCUAGGCCCAACUCAUUCCCCUACACCAUCUCUAAACACGGUGUCCUCGGUCUGACCAAAUGUAUCUCGCUCGAUGGCCGACCUUAUAAAAUUUCCGCUACCCAGCUGGACAUCGGGAACGCCGUGACUGGAAUGGCUAAUCAUUUGAGUAAGGGAUCGAAACAGGCUGACGGGUCUAUCAGACCUGAACCUCUCAUGGCGGUGAAGAAUGUGGCGGAUACCAUCGUUUAUCUCACCGGGUUGGGAAGGGAUGCGGAUGUAUUGAGGUUGGAGAUUUUGGCUGCCGGUAUGCCAUAUGUCGGACGUGGAUAG